UGGACCUCACCAUCUAUAUAAAGCAAACUCGCUAACCAGCACUCUUGGAGAUGCAAGGUCUGGGCGGGGGCCAGCCUGAGGAUGAAGAAUCUCCUCUUUGCCAUGACCUUGGCUUGCGGGCUGCUGCCGGCUCGCGGCAGCGUUCUGGAGCUGGAGCAGAUGAUCCAGUCGACCACGGGGAAAAGCGCCCUGCUCUCCUACAGCUGGUACGGCUGCUUCUGCGGCGUCGGGGGCAGAGGGACCCCGGUGGACUCCACCGACCAAUGCUGCCUGGCCCACGACUGCUGCUACAGGAAGCUGAGAGAGGGCAAGUGCAGGCCCCUGAUAACCCCCUACCACUUCGACACUGACAAUGGCAACAUCACCUGCAGUAACGAGCAGAGCUGGUGCAAGAGAGAGACGUGCCUGUGCGACAAGGCCGUGGCUUUGUGCUUCGCGAGCACUUUGCAUUCCUACAAUAAAUCCUACCGCUUCUAUUUCAAGCUGAAAUGCCGAGGAAGCAAGCUCCAGUGCUGAGGAGGGGAAAUCUGCACAUAAGGUUGCAGAUUUUGAUGGGCUUUCCCCAUCACUAUGGCGAGAAAAGCCUGAUGUGGGGGCUGACCAGAGCCGGAGCCAUAAGGCUUCCCACAGGCUCAUGCUCAGGGUGAGGGAGGGCACGCUCACAUUACAGAAGAAAAUCCCCCACAAAAUCACAUCAGUUUCCAUUUUUCUGUCCCUUCCUCCUCUUUUUUUUUUUUUUUCUUUUGGUUUCAU